AUGGACCAUCAUGCUGAGAUUGCGGCUAAAUCUGCUGCCGCCGCGGAUGAACAAGAAGAACAUUCGAAGGUGCACAAACGACCUUCCAGCCCGCACUCGAAGAACGUUAUAUUUUACGACUGCGACCUAAAGACUGUCAAGGUUAAAAACGCAAGCAAAAUACCAUUAGCACAAUCAGACAAAGAUGGGUGCCAAACGGUGGUCCUCCCUAGGAAUGGUCGUCAGGUCACGAUAUUUGUAGACCGAGAGACGGAGUCAGAAGUCACGACGAAGAGCACUGAGGACGGCAGGAGCAACAUCAUUCUGACGAACUUAUAUCUCGAUAAGUUGGACAGACGGCACCAGCUGCAGCGCUUUUUUGGGAUACUCUCGACACUUUACGUGAUGAGUGCUGCGCCUGUGAGCGAGGUAUCAUCACAGACACAUCGAUGGCCAGAACAAGAAGCAUGA